GCAAUGUUCUGAUACUCGUUUGAAGAGAAUAAGUGAACUUUUUCAAGCCAUCAAACUUCUCAAACUUUAUGCCUGGGAAGUGGUAUUCUCUCAGCAAGUUGAAGAAAUCAGAAAAAAAGAAAUCAAGUUCCUGCUCAAAGCUUGUUUUUUCAAAACUAUUGCAUUUUUUAUAACAAAUGCAGGCCCUGUCAUACUCAUGCUUGUGACCUUCCUCCUGUAUCCAUACAUAGAAAGUGUUCCACUCACUGCAGCCAAGGCAUUCUCUUCCCUGGCCUUGUUCAAUAUGAUCAGCAGUCCUCUCUACAUGUUCCCACUGGUCGUCAAUAUCUUGGUCAAGGCAAAGAUCAGCUCGAAGAGAAUACAGGAGUUCUUAUUUGCUAAGGAAGUGGAGGCAGCAUUUCUGCCAGCUUUUUCAUCAAGUAGCGAGACCAAUGGAGCUUUAAUGGUGAGUCACUUAAAGUAA